AUGGGCUUCAUCAAUGACAUCGUCACCUCCAUCGCGCCCAUCUUCAUCGCCACAAGCCCGGUAACCAGCUAUGCAGACCAAAUCUACAGCAUCCACCGCACGCGCUCCUCCGCCGGCUUCUCUCUUGACAUCCCCCUCAUCAUGCUCGUCGCCAGCAUCCUCAAGAUCUUCUACUGGUUCGGCGCCCAUUUCAGCACCUCGCUCCUCGUCCAAGCCCUCCUCAUGAUCAUCGUCCACAUCGUCCUUCUCCACGUCGCACUCACCAACCGCCCUCCUCCGUCACAUCUUCCUUUCCAGCCCGCCUCUGCGCGCAAACGCCCGUAUGAUUUCUGGCAGUGGAGGAGUACACGACCGUAUUGGAUGUUUGUGAGCUACUUCACGCUUGUGUUGUUGGUGCUGCAUGUGCUGCUUUCCUCAACGGCAUUGUUCAUGCCGUAUACAGAGUUCCUGGGUAUGGUUGCGCUGACGGUCGAGGCGACGCUCCCUCUGCCGCAACUGCUGGCUAAUUACCAACGCCGCGGGUGCAGGGGUUUCCGCCCGUCUGUCAUCGCGAACUGGAUCGUCGGUGACACCUUCAAGAUGUGGUUCUUCUUUGCAUCUUCGGCAGGUGAGGUGCCAUGGGCGUUCAAGAUCUGCGGCAUAUUCCAGGCUACCUGUGACCUGGGUUUGGGCCUGCAGUGGUUCAUUUGGCGCGACGGACCAGAAGGCGUGGCUGCGACGGGCGAGAAGGAGCUGAGGAGUCCACCGCCGGAAAGAUUGGGAGAGUCAUUCGAAAUGUUGAAGGGUGGACCUGGAUAUGGCGAGAAGGGUACAAUCGGCGUGGGCAUCGAUCUGGGAGACAGCGUGGGAACCUGGGAGAGACAGAGUCGGGAUAUGAGGUGA